AUGAAGUUGCUGAAUUUUGAUGUCAAAAGUGCUCAUGAGAGGAGAACAAUGCAGCGGCACGAGCUUGAAGAAAUUAGGCAUCUGGCUUAUGACAACUCGAGGAUCUACAAGUAUAGAACCAAGGCUUACCAUGACAAGAGGAUCUUCAAUAGAAACUUUGCACCAAACGAUCAGGUGCUGCUGUUUAAUUCUCGGUUGAAGUUUUUUCCUGGAAAGCUGAGAUCAAGGUGGUCUGGACCUUUCACAAUCAAAGAGGUUCGACCAUAUGGAGCUGUAGUGUUGCUGGACACUAAAGGAGGAGAGUUUGUUGUCAAUGGGCAGAGAUUGGAGCCAUACCUCGCAGGCCCAAACGUUGAAGACGAUGCUCCUCAGGCCUAA